CAAAUGCAAUGACGCUGCAGCUUAUGUGCAUAUAACAUAGUAAUGUGAUCCAAGCAACUGAAACGCAACAUACGUAGUUUGCAGCAUUCAUUUCGAUAUUUACAUUUAAAAGCAAUUUAUCCAUUGUAUUGUAAAAACAUUUUUUUGCAUUUAGCCGCAACGUUUCGAUUAUGAUACAAAUGUAUCUGAUAUGAUAUACUGUCAUUUUUACAUUUUGACCGCCAUUAUAUCUGAUAAAUCUUUUGAAGAUUACUGAAAUUUCUUCAUUGACGUGUCUGAAUGAUGAAAGGAUCAUGAAAGGAUAUCAAAUUAUGUUUAUCUGUCAUCCACUUUUUGCAAUAGUGGACAUAAACCAGUAUGGUAUCAUCUACAUUUGAGCACAGUGAACAUUUACAGUGAAAUUAAAGUGCGCGACUACAAUAGAAAUUAUUAUAUGAAUCGCAAUUGUGUAAUAUUUACUAAGCUACAGGAUUAGGAGUACCAAAAUCUGCAUAAGAGGUUCCUCAUAAACAGAAUAAUGGGUUGUAAUUCAUCAACAAGGACAAUUCCAGAAAAAGAAAAUGAUCGUAAAAAGUCUUUUGACUUAGUUCUGGACACUAUUUCUGAGGUCAGUCUUAAAACUGUUUCAAAACAAGACAUGGUAUCAGCAUAUGAAUCAGUUGAGAGUCUGGACGAUAUUAAUCUAGGAAAACUGGCAAAAUAUAAAAAGAUAUCUAAGCAGUAUUUGAAAGGCGGAUCAUUUCAUCACCUUGUGAACACUGAUGUCUUUGCACUUGAAGAUCAGAACGCUCUCGAAGAUAUUGCUAAAACAUUAUUAUUAGUUGCAAACCUCGGAAGUGUACUCGAUGGGAAAACAACCAUGUCAAGAGUGGGAAGAUUUCAAAAAGAUGUAACAAGAUAUGUUCGCGAAACUGGAAUUGAUAAGUUUUGUUAUCGGACUAUCAAAAAUUUUGAUCUCGACAAAGAGAAGUACAAAAAUACCAGUCACAAAAACGUUAAGUUUGCCAUUGCAACUCGUUGUCUACUGAUUUUGAAAAAUUACUGCGAAUGCUCUGAAGAUCUGGCCAUAAAUGUGUCAGAAGAUAAGGACAUUAUGUCAUUUCUGCGGAACAUACUGACGGGUGGCCAUAAGGAUAUAGUAGAAAAAGAAUCACAGACACUAAACAAAGAAGAAACGGACAAAAGACAACAAUAUGAGGCUGAAUAUGGAGAAGAAAUUAUAGUCGAUCCAUUGAUUGAUUUUGCUAUGGAUACCAUAUACCAUAUAUCAAUUUGGGAUACCAACUUUAACCGACUCCGAGACCUUGAUCUGCUGGAAGCUUUAGAGCCGUAUCUCAAAUCAGGCUUAAGAUUAGUUGCCCUACUCACAAUAGCUAAUAUAGUAGAUGAGGAAGAAUGCAAAAUAAUUAAAAGUCACACAGACGUUGUAGAGGAGCUGCUAAACAUUUUAAGACAAAGCAUGAAUGAAAAAUCACGCAGAUACAACACCUGGUCCAGCAGACAAUGUGGAUUAGGUAUUCGACGUCUGGCUCGAAACGACGUAAACAAAAAGAUGUUAUCAGAUUUUGGAGCAAUCGAACUGCUAGUGAAACUGUCGGACGGGGACGAAGACGAGCAACUUGAAAGUGUUCAAGCACUGUGGUAUCUAACAUUUGACAGUGACAUACGAAAGAAAAUAGUUGGUGACCAAGAGCUUGGUGUAGUUGAUGUUUUGAUUGAACUCAGCAAAUCAAAAAACAACAGAAUUCGGAAGACGUGCAUUGGUGCCUUGUGGACCCUCAGAGGGGAUUUGGCUGACUCAAACAUCAAGGAAUACAAACGGGCAGCCAUCGGGAUUGAAAGAUCAAAAGCUGUUGUAGAUACAAGUAGAUCACAACAUAUAAUGAUAUCGUACCAUUGGUCGAAUCAAAAGGAAAUGAAAACUAUCUGCAAAAGAAUAAAGCAGGCUGGUUUCAAGGUUUGGAUGGACAUAGAAAAACUUGAAGGGUCGACUGUGGACGCUAUGGCUGAUGCUGUAGAAAAUUCAAAAGUUGUUUUAGUAUGCAUGUCUCGAAAGUACAAGAACAGUCCUAAUUGCAGAGCAGAGGCAAAUUAUGCGUUUCAGAAGCAAAGAAGAAUUAUUCCGCUGAAGAUGGAGCGAGGCUACCAACCCGACGGCUGGCUUGGUUUCAUUAUUGGUACAUUGAAAUACUACGAAUUUAGUGGACAUUACUCUUUUGAUGAGAAAAUGAAAGAAUUAAUAAAAGGUCUCCAGACAGCAUACACAGACGAAAAGGAAGACUAAAUCGACUGAAUUUUCUUAUUCACAUUACUACAUACAUAUUUCCAUGUUUGAUUGAAAAUCCAUUUGAACUUGUCAUCAAGAACGCCUAUUCCACUGUAGCGAAGCUAAUCGUGUCGUGUGCAAAGUAAAAUGAUCAAAAGUUUGUCUAUUUGAGAACUACUUCAAGGCGUACUUGGCUAUGCUUCUGGUAGAGGGACACGAAAGUUAACUGGAUCUCAUUGCUGGUGAUGGUGAAUCAGUUGCUAUUGCUUUCGAGUUAGAAGCAUCAACUGCAGUUUUCUCAAUAUAUACAAUAAUCUGUUCGUAACAGGGCAUCACAGAUCAAGUAGUUAUUGCAAUCACAAGAACAUUAAAAUGCACUAAGGCUUCUGUAAAAACAAUUUCUUAUUUUUUAAUAAUAGCACUUGAGUACUUGAUGCAAUAUUAUGAACAACCAAAAGAGACAAUAUUGUCGAAAUGAAGGAGUUGGAACAUUUUCCGUACACCCUAUCAUUUUCAUCAGUUUGAGAAAACUCCGUAAUACCUAUCAUUUUCUAACGUCUCCAGCAAUACGUCGAAACGUUCGCAUUUUUUUUUACUUGGCAGGCCUUUACAAUUAGAAAAUGCAAUGCGUAAAUAAGAUUUCUAGUAGAUUAAUUAGGUAACUAUUGAGUAAAUGAUGAAAACUGGAAUUUCCCAUAACUCCUAUCCGCCGUAAAAACCCAAACACUUUUCUCACAUUUUUUUUAUAUUUGAUAAGUAAAGACAAUGUCGAUUUACCUUAUUUAUAAAUCCUCUAACACGGUUUGUAAAGAAGUAAACAACGCCAUGUUUUCCCGUACAUUUUAUCUUUUUUUGCACACGACACGAUUAGCUUCGCCACGAGUGUAUAAAAAAUAUCUAGCACAGUAUGCUCUAUGUUAUGAACAUGUUGGCCAAAAAUACAUAUAAUUAAUGAGUCCAUAUUGCAUUCUUCAUUUGUAAGAGGUAUCUCUAUAAAAGUAAAAUUGUAUAAACGGUUGAAUUGCAAUGAGCUGCUAGCUUCAUGAUUUUAGUACAUAAGGUAAAUCAAUUAAAAUGAACUUGCACAAAAUUAUAUACAAACAACUUGUUGCAUAUUGAUGAUAUGAUUCGAUCAGAUAAAAUAGAACAGGUUGUGUACGCGUCAAUUCUGCAAGCAUAAAUUGAUUCAGAUACAAACAUGAAAUAUAUAUUUCAUCUGUGACUCUGUCCGAAGCGCCAGUCCUCUUUAUCUAUUUACUGUCUUUUUUGUGCAGGCUGACAUUACAAAAGAGGCUAAUGUCGGUUUGAUAAUAUUAUUGCAAACAGGCACCAUGGAUAUUUAUACCAAGAAAUUGCUUCAAAUCGGAAAAGAACAUUUAGGCAGACCAAAAGUGAUAAGCAUUUUACCAAUGAUGAAUACAGGUGACUUUGGCCGAAACAGACCGCAACUAAAUUCCAAACAAAAAAAGAAACAGAAAAGUACAAAACAGGUUUACAACAUUUUAAACUGGAUUCCAAAAAUGUCGGCAAAGGACUAAAUGUAGCCAGCUAAAGCCUUUGAAUGCCUCAAAAAUAUCUCAAAAUUACCUCUAGUGUGGCUAUUGAGGUAGACAUCAGCUGAGAAUGUAAAAUUCUAUUUUGGCCAAUGUCAACUUCUUCAACAUAACAGUAUGUUAAUUUAAAAUUUAAACGGCAUCCAUCAGUUAAACUACUGGAUUCCUAUUCGGUUUCAACCUGCUCUAUGUAAUUAAUGGACAACUUCCAUACAAGGUCCAGAGACAAACGUAUCUUGUUGCUUUGCCUGGUAUGCAAAGUUUGAUCACUAAGGUUUCAUCUUACAACUGCAAAAUUCACAAAGCCUGGAAUGCAGCUAUGAAAGGAAGAAAUGUAUACAAAAGUCAAAUUGAACGCUUGUUGUCGUAAUGGUACAUUUGUAUACAGUAUCUCUGUACCGUUUUGAUGUAACUACAUAUAUAUUCUUUGCAAGUGAGCUAUUAUGACACAUUAUUCCUAAUUUAAGGUGUAUGUUUACAUAAGAUGAUCUUUGUUAAACUAAUUAUUUAUAUUAUUAUACCAGAUUUAUAUGCUUAUAAAACAUCCUUUUCAAGAUAAACACGUUCAAAUGUGCUUUAUGCAGCCACUUAGGGCGUCAAAUUCACCCUGUACACAGAGCGAUCUGACCAGUUAAAUCGGACGUGAGAAAGCCCCCAGGACAGUGAAAGAGAGAAAUCUUGUAGAUUCAGGCUAGCUCAUUUUGAUUAGACAACCUGGUUCUGUAACGUGUCUGGUGUACAGCACCGAUACACCGAUACCCUAUUUCCUGUACAGAACCAGUACUGGCCUCGUAGUUGGAUGGGAGACACUCAAAUGCAUGAAGCAUGGACAGAAAUUCGAAUCCCGGACCUCUGGAUUGACAGUCAAGUGUGUUACCACUAGACCAACGGGCCGCCCAUAUAAUGUUCUAGUCAUAUAUCACAAGCACUCAUGCGAAUCUCACGUAGUUCAGGAACGUGAUGACGUCCUCAAGCUUCUAGUUUCGCAAUAUCUUUAACUGAAGUAUUCAAAGCACUUGUAUCGAAUUAUAAAGUGCCGGCAUUGUUGUUUUGUAUAUAAUUGCUUUACGAAGAAAAGGUCGUUUUUAUCAUUUUCAUUUAUUCACUACACGCAUUUUGCCUCACAGUUUGACGGGUCCAGUAUUUGGCAAUCGUCGAUUAAUCAGGUCAACAAAAUAAAAAACUAGAAUGUGUCUGUAGGACACAGGGUGUGUCCCCCCCCCCAGGUACAUUUGUCACAAAUAAGGGGCCAUAAUUCAAAUGUUUGCAGUCUUAAUGGGGUAUAGCCUCAACAAACAUUUUAUGCAAAGGAUUCAUUAUUCUAGGCCCUAUACUUUUUGAGCUAUGAGCAUCACAAACAAAAAAUUCACUAUUUCGGCUAUUUCAAGGGCCAUAACUCUGUAAUAAGAGCUAAGAUUCUCAAGAAGAAUGCCAAGUGUGCAAGGUCUCAUCACGAUAAAAACUCCAGCAAGAUUUCCUGAAUUUACAUCUAAUACUUUUUGAGCUAGGCACAUAAUUAGGUGAAAAAGUGCAUUUUUUUUACUAUUUCUGGGGCCAUAACUUUAAAAAAGGGGGGUGGAGCCAGCCAAAAAUUAGAGGUGUGCAAGUUUAUAUCAUGAUAAAGACUUAUGCAAGUUUUCAACCAUUUAUAUUAAAUACUUUUUGAGCUAGGUGCGUCACAAGGUGAAAAUGUACAUUUUUGACUAUUUCAGGGGCCAUAACUCUACAAAUAGGGGGUGGACCCAAAUGAAAAAUAGGAGGUACGCAAGUUCAUAUCAUGAUUAAGACUCAUGCAAGGUUUCAUGAAUCUAUAUCAAAUACUUCUUGAGCUAGACGUGUCACAAGGUGAAAAUGUGCAUUUUGACUAUUUCAGGGGCCAUAACUCUGAAAAUAGGGGGCGAAGUUAGAUGAAAAGUAGGAGGUGCGCAUGUUCAUAUCAUGAUUAAGACUCAUGCAAGGUUUCAUGAAUCUAUAUCAAAUACUUUUUGAGCUAGGCAUGUCAUAAGGUGAAAAGGUGCAUUUUUGACUAUUUCAGGGGCCAUAACUCUGAAAAUAGGGGGCAGAGCUAGAUGAAAAAUAGGAGGUGCGCAUGUUCAUAUCAUGAUUAAGACGCAUGCAAGGUUUCAUGAAUCUAUAUGAAAUACUUUUUGAGCUAGGCAUGUCACAAGGUGAAAAUGUGCAUUUUCGACUGUUUCAGGGGCCAUAACGCUGAAAAUAGGGGGCGGAGCCAGAUGAAAAAUAGGAGGUGCGCAAGUUCAUAUCAUGACCAAGACUCAUGCAAGGUUUCGUGAAUCUAUAUCAAAUACUGUUUAAGCUAGACGUGUCACAAGGUAAAAAUGUUCAUUUUUGACUAUUUCAGGGGCCAUAAGUCUGAAAAUAGGGGGCAGAGCCUGGCGAAAAUUAGGAGAUGUGCAAGUUCCUAUCAUGAUAAAGACUCAUGCAAGGUUUCAUCAAUUUAUAUCAAAUACUUUUUGAGCUAGGUGCGUCACAAGGUGAAAAUGUGCAUUUUGACUAUUUCAGGGGCCAUAACGCUGAAAAUAGGGGGCGGAGCCAGAUGAAAAAUAGGAGGUGCGCAAGUUCAUAUCAGGAUUAAGGCUCAUGCAAGGUUCACGAAUCUAUAUCAAACACUUUUUGAGCUAGGCGUGUCACAAGGUAAAAAUGUGCAUUUUUGACUAUUUCAGGGGCCAUUACUCUGAAAAUAGGGGCAGAGCCUGACGAAAAAUAGGAGGUGCGCAAGUUCAUAUCAUGAUAAAGACUCAUGCAAGGUUUCAUCAAUUUAUAUCAAAUACUUUUCGAGCUAGGCGCGUCACAAACUUCGGACGGACGGACGGAUGCACGGACGGACGGACGUACGCACGGAUGCACGGACAAGACCAAAUCUAUAUGCCCCCAUCACUCAUGUGGGGUGGGGGGGGGGGGGGCACAAAAAUGAUGUGUGAUUUGUGUGUGUGUGUGUGUGUGUGUGUGUGUGUGUGUGUGUGUGUUCGGGUUUUACGUCUUGUGUAAUUUGAAGCUUAUAAUCUGAAGAAUGUGGUUUUUAUUUUGAUAAACUCUAUAAAACAUUUUCAUACCGCUAUACUUUGUUUGUUAGAAUACUGAAUUGGAACAUAAACUUUUUUUAUUUGAUAGCAAAAUAUUGAUUGAAACUAUGUAUAGUAAGCGAGUAUGGUUCUACAAUAAAGGACUAAAACGGUUUUAAUAUUAUUAUCAACAUCGUAUUAUGCUAAUAUAAAAAAUUGUAAUUAACAAUGAAUUGUCUUUUCUUUUUAUACGCCCGAAGGGACGUAUUAUGUUAUACCCCCGGUGUCCGUCUGUCCAUCUGUCUGUCCGUCCGUUAGCAAUUACGUGUCCACUCUGUAACUCUUGAACCCCUUGAAGGAUUUAAAAGAAACUUGACAAAAAUGUUCACCACACCAAGACGACGUGCAGAGCGCAUGUUUUGGAUGUCUCGCUUUAAGGUUAAGGUCACACUUAGCUUAGGGGUCAAAGGUCAUAACAGUUUGUUUCGUGUCCGCUCUGUAACUUUUGAACUGCUUAAAGGAUUUCAAAGAAACUUGGCACAAAUGUUCACCACACUGAAAUGACGUGCAGAGCGGAUGUUUUGGAUGACUCGCUUCAAGGUCAAGGUCACACUUAGGGGUCAAAGGUCAUAUAUGACUUUGCUUUGUGCAUAUUGUUCUGCAUUGCAGUGUUCUUGUUUUUAUUUGGCAGAUCCCUUUUUUGUUCGCUUACAAUAUUUUUUUUUUAAUUACUUCCCUUUUAUGUUACUAUAAAUAGCUUAUUUUGAAACUUCUUUAUUAUUGGCCAUAGGGAAAACCCAAGUCCACUUUUCUGUGGUACAACAUGGAUGGUUCCUCCAAUUUUUAGGUGUAUUUUGACAUACCUGUACCUGGUAAGGAUUUAUUUGUGGACUUAGAAUUUUUUUUUUUGGAAUUUCUCCUCUUUGUUGUUCCUGUCCUUUGGACUUUAACAGUCAAGUUCUUUAAAUUUUGCUCCCAUCCUCUGAUGUAACCAUUUGGGCGUAUAUUGCCCCGCUUGGCGGAGCUCUUGUUGUAAUAUUGCUAAGUUCUUAUAUAUUUUGAACUCAUGAAAUGUAUAUAGAAUAGAAGAAAUGAAAACCAACAGAUAACAGAUAUUCCAACAUAACAUAAAAUGAAUAUGUUGCAGGCUCGGUUUGAUUAUACCUGUUCGUGGACGAUAGCGGAAAUAUAUACUGCCGUCCAAACCCGGGUUGAGCGUGGACGGUAGAAUACAU